ACACUCCCGUCAGUCGUCCACAUCUAGAGAGGAUUAAAGUGAGCAGACCUGGAGGAGGAUGCUACACAAACUCAGCGUCGGUGGACUCUGGACCUUCAUUUUGGAUUUAACAGCCAAAGUUUGACGUAGGCUAAUUCUCCCCCGGAUAAUCAGGAAUAGUCUGGAGUGUCAUCACCAUGGAAAUAUUUCCCAAGGAAAAAUAAAGAUAUGCUCAACUUGGACUUGGAGGUGAACUGAGAAAGUUGGGGAAACAUUGAAAGCAAGUUGUGAGCAGGAGUUGACGGUUUUCCAGAUGUCUGUGCUGAUGCAGACAGCGGCUGUCUAAUGAAACACAUUCACACCCCAAAGAAAGAAAAGUAGCACAUUUCUUUAUUUCUUGCAACUCUGGAUUUUGGGGAACAACUACAUGACUUUAACUUUAUCCUUCACUCUCCCCUGGGAUUGUCCAGCCAGCACUCCCAUUAGAAUAACGGGUUCUAAACUCUGAAUGCUGGAAAUAACAAGUCGUCGACGUUUCUGGAUAUGGACGGACACCGAGGAGACGAAAUAAAGGAGCCGUUUUAUUAAAUUAAGACAGACGCUAUCAUGAAAAUGUGAUUUGGGUGAAGUCGUCGGAAACUCAUAAGGGAAGUCCCAAUGAGUGGCACACAGUCAACUCUCACUGACAGGACCCCAAACAUUCUCAACAAAGACCCCACAGACAAGAAACCCAAGAAUGAGAAAUCCUCCGUCUCCCUCAAACAUGAGUUUGACCCCACAGGUCUUGUCCAGCGGUGUGUGAUAAUCCAGAGGGAUGAGAAUGGCUUUGGGCUGACUGUAAGUGGAGACAACCCUGUGUUUGUGCAGCUGGUAAAAGAAGAUGGAGCUGCAAUGCGAGCUGGUGUUCAGACAGGAGACAGGAUCAUUAAGGUUAAUGGGACGUUGGUCACACAUUCAAACCACAUAGAGGUUGUGAAGCUGAUAAAAUCGGGCUCCUAUGUAGCCCUGACAGUGCUGGGGAGGCCUCCAGGGCUUCCUCACAUCUCCCUGGAGGAGGAUGACGAGGAGGAAAACAACAAGGGGGAAGGGGCAGAGCUCAGCCCACCCUCAUCUGUCUCAGCGCCCCACUCACCUGCUCUGCCAGGUGGGGAGCAGUGCAGCCUCCAGGAGCACAGCACCUCCUCUCUGCCUGAUGGGGAUGAGAACAAAACCAUGCACAACCAGAAGGCCGACAUCCUGCAAAAGAUGCUAACUAAGGAGCAACAGGACCUACAGGCAAAGGAGGAGGAGUACAGCAGAAACCCUCGGCCUAAACUACUGAAGGAGGUCCAAGAGGCCAAGAAGCACAUUUUACAGCUGCAGGAGCAGCUCAGCAAAGCAGCAGCAGCAUUACAGGAUGGAGCCACUGGGUCCAGGAAUGGUGAGGCUGAGGAGGGGGACGGCAGGCCCCCUCAGAAAGAACAGACCAUAUCCACCCGUGGUGACAGUGCUAACGAUGGGCCUUUGACCAACAAUAACUCUGACUCCAUUGCUCAGUGCAUUGUGGGUAGCCCUCCCUACCUCCUCAAUCCCCAGAUCAUCGGUGCAGAAGAUGACUACUUUGACUCUCAGCAAGAGCAGAUUAAUGGACUGUGUAGCUGUUUCCAGAGUAUAGACUCACUGAAGACUCGGCCUGCUCACCUCGCAGUCUUCCUCCAUCAUGUUGUCUCGCAGUUUGACCCUGCGCCUUUGCUUUGUUAUCUCUACGCUGACAUGCACAAGCAAACCAACUCCAAAGAGAGCCGACGCUUCUUCAUGGAAUUUCACACACUCUUUAUGGAUCGAACAGCGAAUCUUAAAGUACCAGUGCCAGAGGCAGUUGCGGCUGAAUUGGAGAAACGAAGGCUGGAGUUAAUCCCGGAGGAGCUCUGCAAACAGUACACCCAGGCGUUACAGGACACACUCCUACCAGACCUACACAAGAACCUGGAGGACUUCAGACAGAAGCGCAGCAUGGGUCUGACUCUGGCCGAAGACGAGCUGUCCAAGCUGGACUCAGAGGGAGGAAAAGACCAGCAGGCCCUGGAGAAGGAAUGCUCCUGUGCUGAACACAUCCUCUCCAAGAUAGAGGAUAUCCUGUUGACGUCACAGCCCACAGAAGAGGAGAAGUGCCAAACAAUGCAGUAUGUGAUUCUCACCUAUAUGAAGCACCUUGGGGUGAAAGCGAAGGAGCCUCGCGGACUCGAACAUAAACGAGCACGCAUCAACUUUCUGCCCAAGAUUAAGAAGAGUAUCAAGCCUGAGAAGGAGGGCGAGGAGAAGGUGAAAAAGCCUCGGUUCCCCAGCAUUCUCGGCCCGCCUCGGCGUCUAAGCAGAGUGGACUCCACUUCAGUCGGUAAGGCCGUGGAGCUGAACAAGCAGCGCUCACCAAAGCAGCUCCCUCAGCCAGCCUUCGGCAUCCCUGAGCAGUCCGACUCCUCUGCCUCAAAUUCUGGGCGGAGCCGUGGAAAUCAGCUCAGUGAGGGAUCAGACGCCGGCACACAGUCUUUGCCCUCCACCACCACCUCCCCCACACUUAGCUCACCCAUUGGUCAGGCCUCAGAUACCAGUGGACACGACUCAGACUCCAAUAUGUCUCCAUUCUGCAUCCAGCCCAGACUGGGCGAGGGUCUGCAGCCUGGCGACCACCAGGAUGGUGUUUCCAGUCCAACCGGCACUCAGUUUGACUUCAGCCCCUCCAACCUGGAGCAGUUACAGGAGGAAGACCAGGAAAAUUUCAGUAGGAUGGACGUGCAGUGUGCAGUGAGUUCAGCCGACAUCCAGAGUGAAGACGACCAGGGAGGUGAGGUGGAGUGUGAAGAGGACCCUCUGAACUGGCAGAGUCUGGUCAGCCGAGGCGUCCUGGCAAGUUUAACCCCACAGGAGAUCAAACGGCAGGAAGUCAUCAAUGAGCUCUUUUACACUGAGCGCGCCCACCUGCGGAUGCUGAAGGUGAUGGACUGUGUUUUCUACCAGAGGUUGAACAGAGACGGUAUCCUCCCCCCAGAGGACAUUAAACACAUCUUUAUUAACCUGGAGGAAAUCAUUCAGCUGCAUGUUUUUGUAACAGAGCAAAUGACAGCAAUCAGGAAGAGGAGUGAGACGUCAGUGAUCGGUGAGAUCGCAGAUGACCUCCUGGCAUGGUUCAGCGGAGAGGAAGAGGAGAAGAUCAAAAGAGCAGUGGGAACUUUCUGUAGCAACCAGCCGUCUGCACUGGAGCUCAUCAAGAGCAAGAAGAAGAAAGACCAGCGGUUCACUUUAUUCAUGCAGGAAGCUGAGAGCAACCGUCUGUGUCGCAGGCUGCAGCUUAAAGACAUCAUUCCUGUGGAGAUGCAGAGAGUCACCAAGUACCCACUUCUGCUGGAGAAUAUUGCCAAGUACACAGAAGAUGGCGAGGAGAGGGAAAAGGUGAAGAGGGCUGGAGAAUGUUGCAAAAAGAUCCUCAACCACGUCAACCAGGCUGUCAGAGAGGCUGAGAACAAACAGAGGCUGGAGGAUUAUCAGAGAAGGUUAGACCUGUCAUCACUCAAACAGAGUGAAAACCCCAUGAUCUUGGAGCUGAGGAAUCUGGACCUGACCAAGAGGAAGAUGGUGCACGAGGGACCUCUCUCCUGGAAAGUCAAUAAAGACAAGACAAUUGAGCUGUACACAAUCCUCCUGGAGGACAUCCUGGUGUUACUGCAGAAACAGGACGAGCGUCUGGUCCUCAAAUUCCACGGCAAGAAUCCGGCCAGUGCCACCGACACCAAACACAUCUUCAGCCCCAUCAUCAAACUCAACACUGUCCUGGUUCGUCCUGUGGCAACUGACAACAAGUCUUUCUUCGUGCUGUCCAUGUCUGAAAACGGGGCUCAGAUCUACGAGCUGAUGGCUCAGACGGUGUCCGAUCAGAGAGCGUGGCAGUGUCUGAUCACACAGUGUGCUGACGCCAUGAAGGCCAAACCUCACAACAGAGACAGACCUCCAGCUCAGUCUGAUGCUGAGCGAGACGCUAUUGAGAUCAUCAAAAGUGGGAUGCCCAAGGCGAGCAAAGAUCCUGACGGCACAUCAAGUGGAAGCAUCCAUUCUUCAGAUAAAGAUGCCGCCUCUUCUCCAGACAUUCAAGUGCCACAGAGUAUCAACCCGUUUGAUGGGAUGAAAUCAGAGGACGAGGAAGAGGAGCUGGUUGUGGCAGACCGACAGGAGGAAGACGAGGAUGAUGAAGAGGUGGAUGAAGCAGAAUUAGAGGCUUUCCUGGACGGGCAGCUGGCAGAUGGACUGCCCUUCCUACAGGAAGAGUCACGUCAGGGCAUCGCUAUUGAAAACCAAGAGCACGAAGCGUUCGGGGUACCCUCCUCUAAAGGGGAAGAAGCUCUCAGGACGUUGGCGAUGCUGAAGCAGGCUCUUUUCAACCACAUGAUAAGCAGAGAGACCGAGGAGGAGAAAGAGGAGACACAGGAGAGCAAGCAGAGUGCCUCUGUGCCCGCGAGCCCCGAGGGGCCCCCUGAGAGCCGAGCGUCUGCAGGUUCACAGAAAGAAAACCCUCAGCUUCCGUCAGGACACACAGAGCUGUCUGAGACGCCUGAACGUAACGGUGGGUUUGUGGUUCUGGAUUUUGGUGGAGAGGAGAGCAGCACUGAUGAUGAUGGAGGAGUCGGAGGUGAUGUGGGGAUCGACAUGAGCAAGCUACUGUCCUCCUCCUCACAGGCAGGGGGCAGCAGUGGCCCCAACCUCAGCAGGCAGCUCAUGACCCACCUACGCCUCCUGCAGGCCGACCUGCAGUAUCUGAAGGAGUUGGAGAUGAAGUACAACGAGCUGCGACAGACAAACAGUGACAUGGCGACUGACUCUGACGACAACAAUGACGGGAUUCAGUGAUGAAAAACUUCACUCUCUCUCGGUCCUGUGAGUUUUUAGUGCCACUCCAGACACUUUCUUCCGGAUGAAUCUUUGACUGUUUAUCACUGGUGUCGCCCGACAAUGGAGGCUUAAUGUCAGAUCUCCCACUUCAGGCAUGAAUCAGUGGAGGACAUUAUCACCCACUAUAAACUCAAAAUCCCUCUGAGGAGAGAGACUGUGGAAUUACUCGUGGACAAUUCAGUCACUUUUUGCUAUAAUGAUAAGAAUAAUCAACUGCAUAAAUUAUCUUAAACACUGGAGAUAUGAAACAGAAAAAGGGGCAAAGUCGAGUGUGCGAAGUCUCACGGAUGUACAGCAGAGAUUAACAGACAUUAAGUAAUGGAAAGAGACAAUGAAGACUGCGACCAGAACGAUUCUCUGAGGAUCAUAAGGUAGACGGUCUUAUUCAGGUUCACUGCUGUAAGCUUGAUAUAAAAUUCUGCAAUAAGAAAUGAGAGACAGCCUCUCCUGUACAUAUUCAUCCCAGCACUCCGCAUGCUUCAAGGUAGACUUUCUUUUUUUGUAACAGCACUAAAAAGCAACACUUAAAUUUUUUUUACAUUUGGCAACAUGCACAAAAAUACGAUAGAAAGAUACUGCUGCAUUCAUCCCUAGCAUCCCCAAAAGUAUCUUUGUGUUUUAUGUUGUUUGUCUUUAGCCUAGCUCGGCACAAAACUGGAACUGCGGACAAACAGCUAGCCUUAAUAUAUUCCUCUAAAGUUCACGUUGUAUCUUAUUUGUUUUAUCUGUACACAAACAGAAAUGUAAAAAUUAAGUUUAUGGUUUCAGGAGGAUUUACUUGCUGGAACUAUUUAUUUUUGCCGAACAACAGCUGACUGUGUACAGCUUUGUUGUCAAAAGACACGUUUGGUGCCAUCAUAACUGCACAGUGGCCAAAACCUGUGCUCACCGACCGUAUAUGGUAACCCGUGCUAUAGCUGAGACGACAGAUAGAUCCAGCCAGGGUUGGAAAUUUUUUUGUCCAUCUGCCACUGUGGCUGAUGGAUUCCAAAAUCUGCCAGCCACUUAAUAGAUUACCAUUGGGGGUUUUUUUGGCUGGGGAAUGAAAUAAAUCUAGCAACCUCUUGCAUAUUUUACCAGCAUUUGGCUCGUGGCUGGUGCUCAUUUGUAACCCUGGAUCCAGCAUGUAACUCCCACUACAACCACAGAGUAAUUUAAAAUUUACAUUUCUGUUCUAGGGACACAUGCUGUGUCUUUAACCGCCUGGAAAACGCGAGAUUGGUUGUUGCUUGAGUCAGUUUUUGAGUGCGCCUUUUGCAUGUAUACAUUUUUAAAAAAUGGAUCUGAGGGUGCAAAAAAACACUGCAUGUGUAUGAGAACUUAGAGGUGUUUGUAGGCAUGUUUUGUAACUUUUACGGAGCCAGGCUGUCUCCCACUUUUUCAGUCUUUGUGCUAAGCUAGGCUAACCAUGUCCAGAAUCCAGCUCCGCACUUGACACACAGACAUGUUAGUGAUAUUGAUCUUCUCACCUCACUCUUGCAAAGAACGCAAAUAAGCAUAUUUCUCCAAACUGUUCAUUUGUCAGGUAUUCCUGCAGUAGUUAUGAGGGGCUUGUGCACGUAAAGUUUUUUUCCAGGUUGAUAAACUGAACACGUCAGAAUUUGCAAAGCUGAAGUCUGACUUCCAGUUUCUGUUUGUUCAACCAAAUCGUCAGAAAAUAUAUUGGCAUUGGACACUUCUGAAAACCAUGGAUAUGUAACAUUUGCACACUAUUGUGUUGUGGAUAUGUUGAAACUUUACAUUUCAACAGUGCUGUGAUUAACUUGUGGGUAAAAAAAUCACUUGGUUAUGCUUAAGAAAAGAUCAUGUUUUGGCUUGGAUUACCUGGUUUUGCGGCACAGUCCUGUAAAAAAACAGCUGCUUUUUCUGCCCACAAGGUUGGCAGGCAUCUCCACUCGGUGAUCCACCAUUCCCUAUAUCAUUUUACAAAUGUUGAUAUGAUACCUAUAAAAUAGCGCUUCCCAAACGGUGGGUCACCGUCCAAGAGUGGGUCGCAGCUCCAUUCUGAACGGACUGCAAGUGACUUUAUUUUGCAGUACAGUGAAUUUUUGGCACUGAGCUUUUAUUUUGAAGUGCAGUUUCCUGUAGAGCGAGUGACUAACAGACAGCUCCUUGAGAGAGUCUAGACUAACUAGAUAGUUAGAUAUGGUGCUUGAAAGUAGAAAUUUAAGACUGUAUUAAAUAAGGAAUGCUGGAAAAUAUAAAACAUAAAAAGCACAAUAAGCUGGACGACAUGGUCAAAGACGUGUGAUGCUGAGUGUGUUAAACCGCGUGGACCUUCAACUAAUGACUAAAGAGAAAUCUGGAUCCUGUGGCUGCACCAGUUGGGAACCAUUGAUAUAAAACAUACAAACGUAGCACAUUCAUGGUUUGCAAAAGUGCACAAUGCCGACACUUUCUUCUGGCGACAGGGCUGGUUUGGUUGUGGGUUGUUUUCUUGGUUUGAGUGUCUGAGCAGAAAACAGUUUUAAAUUUCCUAGAGAGCACUUGUUUAAAGCACCAAAUUUCAGCCAAAGUCAGAACGACGACGAGAGGGAUGAACAGACAGAAGGAAAGGUAAAACACAACCUCCUUGACAUGUUUGUGUGCAAGAAUCCGAAUGUGGCACUGUGCAUUACAACUCUGUUUCUUAUUCGUUGUAUCAGAAGUACCCGGUAGGCUGCAAAAUACUGCAGCUAUAAAAAGAUUGAUACACGUUGUGUGUAACUGCUGGUUUUUUUGCUGAAGCACAGUUCACUAAAUAAUAGUCACUGUGAGCUUUUCAGAGUGUGUGCACAUGUGAAUUUAUUGAACUGAAUUUUAUUCUAGAAUUUAUUUUCCAUUUGUUUUCUUACUUCCACCGGCCUCCUGACGUUGUGCACAGUGAGGCGAUUGACUAACCUGAGUGCAGUUUUUCAUCUCUGUCGUUCAUCACCCAACACUAAAAACCACUUUAAUCUUUAUUCCUCUGAAUCACUCAGAGAAGGUUUUCCUCCAGGAUGAUUUCUGCGAUGGGCUUCUCAUGAAAGCUGUCUUCAGCUUGUAACACCCAUCUGUUAGGUACAAAGAUUGACCCAUCAAACAUCUGCACUUCACUCUAAUGGUCGGACUGAAAAAGACUGAAAUAUUCUCUCGCCACAGGACUGCACAGACGACAUUAUGGCUUUGAUUUUUGGAUGAAAUAUAACGAAAAAAAAGAAAAACUGAAAAGAAUAUAUAGACACAGAGAGAUUGUUAUGGACUGUUUUCAUUGUAAAGGAAUAUAAUGUACAAUUAUGACUGUAUAUCAAAGGUUUUGUGUGUUUUUUCUACACCGUGCGAUCAUGUAAUGUUUUAACACAAACUGCUUAAAAGGAGGAUGAAGUAUCCACGCAGCAUUAAUCUGUUUUAUAAAUGUUCUAUUGAAAA